UUGUUGCAGUUACUGCAAUCUGAAACCUCUCGAUUAGAAGCCUUUCUGGAAUGGAAACAACUGGAACCAGUUUAUUGGCACUGGAUGGAAACUGUAUUAGAUACCCUUGACGAAGAUGCAAAUACAUUCAAGUCAGAAGAUGUUUGUAAAGAGAAAAACACUUUGCCAAAUGCUAACUUGUGUUGCCACAGUGCUAGCAAUAUUAUUGGAGAAAUUGACAAAUUGACCAAAGAUCUAGUGACUCUACGUGAUGGACUGCAUGAGUUAGUAACUUGCAAGAAGUCAGCAUGGUAUGAAAAGGUCAAAUCAAGAGAAAGAACACUUCCAGAUGAAAGGGAGUUUUGUGCUGCUGUCAGGACCAUAACAGAAGCUGUCAAGCUAAAACUAUCAGAUCUUAAAUACCAUUGUGCCCAUAAAAAGAAUGGAAUGCAUGGUCUGUACAGGCUGGUAUUUAAAGACAAGCAUUCUGCUAGCAAAACAGGUUUCCUCCGUUCGGUAUCGAAGGAGCCCAUUACAAAUGUUGUUAAUGCCACAGAGGUGAUCAGUGAACUGCAAAUGGAAGAGGCCACUCUGAAGAGGGAGCUGAAGCGGCUGCAGGAAGAGUGCAGACACAAGCUAGAUGAGAUUGCAGAAGGGCUGGUUGGAGUGAUUUGUAUCCCACCUAUGAAAAGAUAAGUUCUCAUCAAGAAAGGACAAGGGCACAGGGCUGUUUGAUCAGAAGGCAUUUUAUAAACUGUUGCCUGAGAGUGGGUAAAAUGAAGAUCUGAAUGUGGUUCUAAUUCUCAGCCUUGAAAACACAAUUUGUCACUUCUUUAUAAUAUGCAUUGGGGCCAGAACACUGCACCCUUAAUGGUUCUGUCUGCUGCCCCUUAUUACUUACCUUACCAAUUAAAUUCUACAGCAGGUGUUAGAGGGGGGUGGGGUGUUUUUAAAUCUCUCCUUCAUCUAGCUUUCUGAUGCUCCUGCCAGGCACAGGCUCACUUUCAGAACUCUCUGUUUCUAGACAGACAGUAUUUGCAGGUCUGCAGACUGAAAUACUAAUUACAUUCAGCAUUUAUCAGCAAGUAAGAGUAUUUAUGACUACUAAAAAACCAGGAACUGAGCAGAGAUGAGUGUGGCCUUUGAUGCUGAAAGGUAUGCAAAGCACCAAGAAUGAAAUGUGCAGGAAAGGCUGCUGUUUAGUUCAGCUAGUUCCAUAUUGUGUGGCAAGGCACAGAAUAUAUACAAUUAUCACAAAACAGAUACAAAAUGCUUAGUAGCAAAUAAAAGUGACAUCUUCUUUAUUCACAGGCAUAAUGCACUUCAAAUGAUCAGAUUCUCUAGGGAAACACCCAUUUUUAUUAAACUAUGUAUUCAGUUAUGAAGCACAGUAAUAUCAUUUCCAUAUUCACUAGAGAAUGCUUCUGCAAAAUAGAAAUAAGGCCUUAAAUUCCAGGCUUUAAGAAACCCCAUAGUCUGCCUCUGGAGACUUCCCCCCAGAAUGUAAAGCCUUUCAUUUGGCAUUAGCUUUUCGUCGCUUUCUGCUUGGUUUCAGUAAGAAACUGCUUUUAUUCUUGUGAUUUUCCUUCAGAAAUAAAAACACAAUUUGCUUUUCUUUUGUGAAUUGCAAAGAGCAGCAGGAUUACCUUGGUUUGGAUUUCUGUC